CCCCGGAAGAAGCAACACGUACAUAAACAGUAUGAGGCGCUGCCUGGAGACUUCAUGUAUUCGCAUGUAAUAGUCUGCAUUCCUUCCAACAAGCAGCCUUGAAGAACUACAUUGCUUAUAGACAUGAUUUACUUAAGCCUGGUGGUAGCUCAGUAAUUUGCCGGUAGGAAAUAUGUGACCGUUUGUUGACAUAAGGUAAGCUAUUGAAGCCACAGCCUGAAACCUGGACUGUCUAUUGUCUACAGCUGGACGUUGGUGUUGUCCUCUCUACCUCAAGACGUGAAUGACUGAAACUCCUUGGUACAACAGUUAAGCUGCUGAACUUGAGAUCUAUGAUGUCACUGCCGGCUGAAGACGGAAGUACGGAAACUUCCCCGCUUGCACCGGGAGAGAACUAUGGAUCGCCAUCCAACAUGGACGGCCCUGCUACGACCAAGACGUCCAAGGCCGACGAAGCGGCGGACGGGAACCGUUUGGCCGCCCCGUCCGCACCAGAGGACGAUCUACCGGAGAGGGAAACCUGGAUCGGCAAGCUCGACUUCAUCCUCGCGCUGGUUGGCUUCUCCGUGGGGCUCGGCAACGUCUGGCGGUUCCCGUACCUGUGCUACAAAAAUGGUGGCGGAGCCUUCCUCAUCCCGUACUUUAUCUUCCUGCUGGGAGCGGGCAUCCCCACAUUCUUCCUGGAGAUCGCCCUGGGCCAGUUCAUGAGUCUGGGCGGACUCAAGGCCUGGAACAUCUGCCCGCUAUUCUCAGGAAUUGGAAUGGCGUCCAUGGUGAUUGUGAGUUUCCUGAACAUGUAUUACGUCAUGGUGAUGGGCUGGGCUCUGCACUACUUCUUUGCCUCCUUCACGUCCGAGCUGCCCUGGGCCACGUGUGGGAACUGGUGGAACACGCCCAGAUGCAUUGCGUCAGAUGAGGAGAUCCGGAAGUCUGAGAACAGCACGGUGAACAGCACGCUCCUCAACGUUACCAUGACAACCGUGGCCCCUAACGCCACCAAUGAGAACGGUACCCGGAUUGCAGCAUCAUUGGAAUACUGGAACAACCGUGUGCUGCAGAUUUCGGGCGGACUGGACCAGCCAGGCUCCAUGCAGUGGGAGCUGAUCCUGUGUCUACUGCUGGCAUGGAUCAUCGUGUACUUCUGUAUCUUCAAGGGAGUCAAGAGUACUGGCAGGGUUGUUUACUUCACAGCCCUGUUCCCCUACGUGGUACUCUUUAUCCUGCUGGUCCGUGGAGUAACACUAGAUGGUGCUGGUAUAGGACUGGAGUUCUACCUGAAGCCAAACAUCACCAGGCUGGGAGACCCAGAGGUGUGGAUGGAUGCAGGAACCCAGGUGUUCUUCUCCUACUCCAUCGGAUUGGGAUCUCUCAUCGCUCUGGGCAGCUACAACAAGUUCAACAACAACUGCCACAGGGAUGCCAUAGUGUUUGCGUGUGUGAACACAGGCACCAGCCUCCUGUCGGGUAUAGUGAUAUUCAGCGUCCUGGGCCACAUGGCCUUGCAGCAGGACGUGACGGUGGCAGAGGUUGCAGAAUCAGGUCCUGGCCUGGUGUUCAUCGUGUACCCAAAGGCCGUGACCCUGAUGCCGCUGUCACCUCUGUGGGCCAUCCUCUUCUUCUUCAUGGUUCUGCUGCUGGGGCUGGACAGUGAGUUUUGCGGGGUGGAGGGGUUUGUGACGUCGUGCCAGGACAUGUACCCUCACCUCCUCCGCCGUGGACACAACAGGGAGAUCUUCAUUGCAGUCGUCUGCUUUGUGAAGUUCCUUAUAGGACUCGCUUUCUGUACCCAGGGUGGGAUGUACGUUUUCCAACUGUUUGACAACUACUCUGCCAGUGGGAUGACCUUGCUGUGGGUGACCUUCUUCCAGGCCAUCUGUAUCGGCUGGUUCUACGGGUUGGGUGAUCGUGUGGGCUGGAACUUUGGAGGCACAAAGUUUUACUGGGACAUCAAGAGCAUGCUCGGCUUCCGCCCCAUCCUGUGGAUCAAGAUCUGCUGGAUGGUGGUCACCCCUAUCAUGACAAUGGGAAUCUUCAUCUUCUCCCUGGUAAAGUACCAAAGGCCAACAUACAACAAGACGUAUGAGUACCCACCGUGGGGUGAGGCGUUAGGCUGGCUCAUGGCGCUGGCCUCCAUGGUCAUGAUCCCGGUAGGAUUCGUCUACAAGAUCCUGACAACAAAAGGAACCUUUUCUGAGAGAAUACACACUCUUCUGACUCCAAUCUACACAAAGCGGAAAGGAGACAACGGUGAGAUGGGAGAGGACGGCAAUGCUAUUGCCAUGACAGACGGGAGUGAAAACAGACCAUGAUAAACAGGGCAACGUUCUGUGACCUUGAAAACUGUUUUUAAUUUCAGUGGUUAUUUGGUGACCUAUGCCUUCCUUUCAUGAGCACGCUUUUUCUAUGCUCACCAGGUUUACUUUCAGCUCAGGCUGUGACAAAUCUUAAAACCACACAAGAAAAACUUUUUUCUGUCUUUUAAAGGAUUUUAAUGUCCUUUUUGGCCACAUAAAAAGGUGAGAUUCUUGCAUGCUUUGACUACCCCUUUGAAUGCUGCAUAGGAUAACCAUCCCAGUAUUUUUAAACUUACAGGGACCACCUCUCAGUGAUAAUUUGCUUUUAGCUAACUCCACAUUACCUUGCCCUGUCUCAUUUGCCUGGGAGAUUCAACAAACUAAUUGUGUAAGCCAGGUCUGUCCUAUAAGGCUUUUUGAUUAUGUAUACACAUGACAUACAUGUGUAUAUACAUAAUUUUAACAUCAACCUGACUCACCAUACAAGAUUUGAUCAACCUAUCAUGAAAUAGUCUAUCAUAUCUGUAUAUGACCAGUAUUUUCUGUGGACUCGUCAGAAAUGUUGUAAAACUUCAUGUUAUGAUACUAGACUUGCCAUAGAUGACGUGCUGUGUCGUAAGAAGUUUUUUUUUUUUUCAAGAAAAAUGCCAGAGUGCAUCAUUCUUUGGCAUUCGUGAUGGUUAGAACUUAGAACCUAUGAAGGUUUUACCAUUUUGGCUGAUGAUGGAAGUAAGUACCCUCUCUAGUGUUGUCUUGUGUCAACAGUGUGUCACAUAUAUUGUAUAGUUUAAAGAGAUUUGUGAGACUAUAGCUUGUCAAAUGUUGCUUGUGGAUUUCAUGGAUGUAGGCAGCUUUGCAUUUUAGCAUGGUGUUCAUACGCACAGAAAUUAUAGGGCUUAUGGAGCUGAAGUCAAGCAUUUUUGUUGUAUUCAUGCCAUUGGGUAUUGCAGUAUCAUGCUUUCUUCUUUGUUUCCUACAAAAAUAUUUGGUGACUUUGUAUGACAUCUAUUGAUAAGAGGUGAGAAGUGAAAAACCUCUCUUCUCUCGGACCCCUUCUCCCCUAAACUACCUACAAGCAGCUACAGUAGCCAUGCAGUAUGUUUUAUGGUUAUUUGUGCUUCAACAUAUGAAACAUGAUUAAACUUUUCAGCUGAGGGUGUGAAAAUGUAUGACUAUAAUCGUGUGAUAGUGGUUAGAUUCUAUUGGUGGUUUGAUGUAUAUGAAGAUAAUGAUUCUAACAUUUGAAAAACUGCUGUAUUUUACUGUAAAUAUUUAUCUUGCAUUAACUUUUGGUGAGUAAAUGUAACCGUGUGUAUGAUCUAUUCUUUGUUGUUUGGUGUUUUUCUGUAAAUGAUUGUAACUGAUGUUUGUAAACACCCGGUCAUAUCUAAGUUGACACGUCAUAGUACACAUAUAUGUUCACCAAUGCUCCGAUUUGCAAUGGACAAAAUGUAACUGACAUCCAGUCGAUUCUAAGUAUUUUUGUAAUAAUCUACACUAUAAGCAGAGAGUGUAGUACUGUUAUAACAUCACCAGCUUACUUCUCGGAAUUAUCUAUGUACUAGAAUUCUAUAUACUUUAGAAAGACUGCCAGGAAUUCUCACUCAAAGUACAUAACCAGUAUAAAGUGUUCUGUGUGAUUUGAUUUUGCAGUUUUUAAGUAUAUCAGUCGACAUUGCAUUUUAGUUUUCCAAUAUUAUAAUGUAAUGUUAUUAGAGUAUCUAGGUGAUGGUGAAGUGAUCUUAGUAUGUCUAGAGUGGUGAUUUCUAAUCAGUGAAUAAAGAAGGAUGAUAAUUAA